AUGGAUUUGUAUUAUUUCAGGUUGCCUUUGUUAGUUCUAGUAAUAGUUGGUUGCUGCUCCUCCAGCUCUUUGCUGCCUCCGGAAUCUCGCGGCGUGAAAGGUAAAGACGUAGAGCUGAAGCCCACGGUUGAACCCACGGUCCAGGCGAUGAUGGUGACGUGGACAUUCAGUUCCAAAUCCGGUUCUGUUCCUGUUUACACGGUUGUUGGCGACAAAGAGAAUAUUGGCGCUGGUUAUGAAGGUCGGGUGAGCUACAACCGGAGCACCUACUCACUGUGGCUCAAAAACCUCGUACCCACCGAUAGUGGAACCUAUAUUAUUUCAAUUGUCACCUCUAAUGCGGUUCAGAUGCCGGGACAGACUACACUCACUGUGCUCGAGUCAGUUGCAGAUGUUCAGAUUACCCCCAACCUUUCAGAAGCAGUGGAACUUAACAGCACCCUAGUUCUCACCUGCUCUGCCAAAGGCUCUGUGCUCAAUUACAAGUGGCUAAAUGAUACUACCCCCAUACAGGCAGAUGGAAAGCAUGUGGUAGUAAAUGGCAGCAAGCUCACCAUCAAUGAAGUUCUGCGCACGGACCUGCAACAGCCAAUCUACUGUGUGGCAGAGAACCAGCUAGAGUCAAGUAAAAGUCCUGGGUUUAACAUCACCGUCAACUAUGGCCCUGAGAUGAUCAAAAUGGUACGAGAGCCUACUAACACCGUACUAAAGAAGGGAUCCAAUCUGACAAUCUCAUGCUCGGCCACUUCCAGCCCUGCUGCUGAGCUUAAGCUGUUUUUAAAUGGAGUAGAGGUCUCCCAAAAGACCAAUCCAGUCGUUUAUCCCAAAGUGGAUGAAAGUCAGAGCGGCAACUACAGCUGUUUGGCCUUUAACAGCAAGACCUUGCGCUAUGCUGCUUCGGAUGUUGUCGCAGUGUCUGUCCUGGAGGCCAUUUCUGGCACCAGCAUCACCGGCCCCUCUUCCCCUCUCAUUGCGGGCAACAGUACAUGUCAGCUCACAUGCAAAUCAACAGCAGGAAUAGCAGACAAAGUGGAUUGGUUCAAGAAUGGCCAAGCUUUGACUGGCACCAAGGCCAUUACUUUUUCCACUGAUAAAAGCAAUAUCACCAUCAGUCCUGUGCAAAAGGAGGACGCUGGAGAGUACAAGUGCCAGCUAAGCAACAAAAUCAACAACAACUCGGCUACCUACAAGAUGCUGAUCAACUAUGGCCCAGAAAAAACUGAAAUAAAGGCACCGAAGCAGGUUGAGGUGGGCAAAUCUGUGACGAUGAAUUGCACCUCUAUGUCAGUACCGGAUCCUGUAUUUGUUUGGAAGUUCAACAACACGGUUCUGGAGACGGCCACGACGGCUCAGUACUCUAUCGAGAAGCCAAGCUUUACAAACAGUGGUAUUUACACCUGUGAAGCAUUCAAUCCAUUGACUGGACUCAAAAAGUCUGCUACAUAUAACCUCUCGGUGAAGGGAGAAGGGGAGUCAGAUGGCCAGUUGUCUAGUGGAGCUAUUGCUGGAAUUGUCAUAGCAGUUCUCUUAGCCCUGGGCAUUCUAACUUGGUGCAUCUGUUGCAGGAAACGAAAGAGCACAGAUAUUCCAUCACCGUAUUAAAGAAAAAUAUCAAGGAGAAGUGAGCCGAAUCUUCUAGACCAAACCUUCAUCUAUAUUGUCUUUUUACCCACAACAUCUAAUCCACUGGGACAGCUGGAAAACUGCCCUCAUGAGUGGAAUACACCUUCAGGGCUGGCCCUUGCUCUCCUGUGUUGUCUCUUCACCUCAGACCACAGUUGUUGUAAUCCUGCGUGGGUAUUUCCUUCCCCCUCUUCCAGUUUCUCUCCCAUGGUCCAGGAAAACCCCACCCUGAAGGAGAUACAACCAAAAUGUCUCACUCAUCCAGCCCCACCUAAAAGGUUUGCCAUUUUAGCCAUUUACUUUUGGCUGAAGAGAAAAUUUUAUACAUUGCCCCAAUGCAAUUGACACGUCAUGACAUUCGGCAUCACAGAAUCUGAAGGACACCGCUCUUCAAUAUUGAUUCUGGUCAAGCUUCUCAAUCACACAAUUUUGAAGGUAUCAUAUAUUUUUUAAUGUAUCCUAAAACAACAGAGUUUAGUGAUUAUUAAGGCUUUACAUAUGCAAGUCAUCUUUGUCAGGUACCACAAUCUGAAGACCUCUCUUUGUAUCCAUUUAUAUCAUUCAAUCACCUUUUCAGCUAGUUUGAUUGUGGUAUAUGUAAAGAGUCCUUACUGCAAGGACGUAUUGCAUGUGCAUAUUGAUAAGUGCAUGCAGGUACAGAAAAAUAACGAAUUGGAAUUCGGAAUUCUACAGUUUUGAAUGGACGCUGUGCCUGACAAAGUUUUUUGUGCUGUAAUAAGAAUUUCAAAUGCCUUUCCAUUGUCCCAGAUACCUGAUCUGCCAAGUUUUUUUUUCCUGUCAACAAUAUCUGAUAUCUGGUUUCUCCUUUGUCUCUUUGUAACCUCAAAUACACAAUUGUAAAACAGUGAUUUUUUUUAUAAUUAGUUGCAACACUGCAGACUAUUAUUGUAUGUGUGUGUUUGUGAGUGUAAGUUAAAUACAGUGUUGUUUUGGGACAUUCCAAAGUAUACAUUGUAGCACACACACAAAUUCACAUGCCUAGACAGGCUUGGUACGCCUUCGUUCUAAAAAGCACACUCUCAUUAAACCGUUUUACACAGUAAACCAGAUAGAGGCGUGUUUAAAUUUAAACAUUUUAUUAAAUAUAUUGUUUAAAAUGUGUAUUAAGGUGCACUUUUUUAUAUAGUAAAUAUUUUGAUUUAUAUAAUAAAUAUGGUUGACUUGAAACUUAAAGAGAAUUACUACAAAACAUGACUAAUAUAUGACAUGAUAUUUUUUAGAAAACUAGACUGUUAUUAUAUAUAUGAAAGAAUUCUGUAUUUUGGUUCACUUGUUUCCCUUUGUUAUGAUGAACCAUUCAUUUCCAGGUUUCAUGACACUAAAUUAAUUCUGUAGACACAAUGAUUCUAUUGUUUCAGUUUUGUAUUGCUUUCCUUUUUAAUAAUUUGUUAAUUAUGAUUAUGGUCAGUUCCAAAGCCCUGGAAUUAGACAGAUUCUUUUACUAUUAUAAAACCUAAACUGUGCCUACCUAAAAGGUACUGAAAGGAAAACUUUCUAUAAGGGUAUUGACAAAUGUACUGUAUAUAAAUGACAUUUUAUUUAGAAAACAUUUAUUUUGCAAAUGUCAACAAACUAAACUUCUUUUAGCUGUGGUAAAGUUUUAGAUAGUGCUCAGGUGGCACAGCGGUCUGUCGUGCUAGUCCACCAACACUGAGAUCUGGGUUCAAAUCUCGAAUACAUAUCGACCAGACGGGGCAUCCACACAGACAUGAUUUGCUAUGUCUGAGGGGAGUGGGUGGUCGAAGCCCUGCGAUGGAUUAGCGUCCUGUCCAGGGAAUUUUUGCCCUGUGCCCGGUCUUUCUAGUGAAAUCGGAAACCCGCCAUGACCCUAACUAGGAUAAAGUCUUUUUAAAGUUCUGAAUAUCUGUUUAUAAAGCAGUGCAUUUUUUUGUAGUUUUAUUAAAUGUGUUUUGUGUGAAAUUGAAAUGCACUGGACUCCUGUGGAUUAAUAAAUAAAACUGUCAUAU